AUGGCUCAGAACGUGGUUCUCUUGAUCCACUUUUUCACCGGAUUGAUACUAAUGGUUAUCUCAUUCAUUAUGGGACUCAUGACAUCAACAAUAAGUACAAAUUCUUUUCUUAAGAAUUUUUUCAGAAUAUCUCCUGGAUUUUGUUUUGCUGAUGGUCUUGCUUCAUUAGCUCUUUUGCGGCAAGGAAUGAAAGAUAAAACAAGUCAUGGGGUGUUUGAUUGGAAUGUUACUGGGGCUUCCAUCUGUUAUCUUGCUGUUGAGAGCGUUAGUUACUUUCUGUUGACUCUUGCACUUGAAAUUUUUCCUUCUAUCAAAUUGACUUCAUUCAUGAUCAAAAAGUGGUGGGAAAAAAUUAAUAUCUUCCGGCAUGACAGUCCUUAUUUGGAACCUCUGCUAGAACCUUCCUCUGAAAUUGUUGUUACUGAGAUAGAUGAAGAUGUAGAUGUAAAAACAGAAAGAAAUAGAGUACUUUCAGGUUCCCUUGACAAUUCCAUUAUCUACCUGCGCAAUCUUCGUAAGGUAUAUUUUGAGGAGAAGCAUCAUGGGAGAAAGGUUGCAGUAGAUUCUUUAACUUUCUCGGUCCAGGAAGGAGAAUGUUUUGGCUUUUUAGGAACAAAUGGAGCUGGAAAGACCACAACUCUUUCUAUGCUAUGCGGUGAAGAAUCUCCUUCUGGUGGGACUGCUUUUAUUUUUGGCAAAGAUAUAUGUUCCCAUCCAAAGGCUGCUCGUCAAUAUAUUGGAUAUUGUCCACAAUUUGAUGCCCUAUUGGAAUACUUAACUGUUCAAGAGCAUCUUGAGCUUUAUGCUAGAAUAAAAGGUGUUCCAGAUUUUGCACUAGAAAAUGUCGUUAUGGAAAAGUUGACUGAGUUUGACUUGUUGAAACAUGCUAAUAAACCAUCAUUUUCGCUUAGUGGUGGGAAUAAAAGAAAACUGUCUGUUGCAAUUGCAAUGAUAGGUGAUCCACCUAUAGUCAUUCUUGAUGAACCAUCCACAGGUAUGGAUCCGAUUGCCAAAAGGUUCAUGUGGGAUGUAAUAUCUAGGAUCUCAACAAGACGAGGAAAGACUGCAGUUAUUUUGACUACACAUAGCAUGAAUGAAGCCCAAGCAUUAUGUACCAGAAUAGGGAUAAUGGUUGGUGGACGAUUACGAUGCAUCGGAAGUCCACAGCACCUAAAAACAAGAUUUGGGAAUCAUCUUGAGCUAGAGGUCAAACCUACCGAAGUUAGUUCCGUGGACUUGCAAACACUCUGCCAAGCUAUUCAAGAAAGACUUCUUGAUGUCCCGUCACAUCCUAGAAGCUUACUUAAUGACCUUGAGAUUUGCAUUGGGGGAACUGACUCUGUCACAUCAGGAAAUACCUCCAUUGCAGAGAUUAGCCUGACUCGAGAAAUGAUAGGCUUAAUUGGGCGCUGGCUUGGCAAUGAAGAAAGAGUAAAGACACUAAUCUCUUGCACACCUGUCUGUGAUGGAGUUUCCCAGGAACAAUUAUCAGAACAACUGUUUCGAGGUGGUGGUAUUCCAUUGCCUGUAUUUUCUGAGUGGUGGCUAUCUAAACAAAAAUUCUCCGAAAUUGAUUCAUUUAUUCUCUCUUCAUUUGGGGGAGCACGAUGCCAAGGGUGCAAUGGUUUGAGCAUCAGAUAUCAGUUGCCAUAUAAUGAGGAUUUUUCCUUGGCAGAUGUUUUUGGACUUCUUGAAAGAAAUAGGAAUACAUUAGGAAUUGCGGAGUACAGCAUCAGUCAAUCAACUCUGGAGACAAUAUUUAAUCAUUUUGCAGCAAAUGCAUGA